CUUCUUUGACGCUCUCCAGUUUUUCCUUUCUCCACUCACAAACGGAGUCAUUGCCCCAGCCUGCCCGCCACCUCCGCUUCUCUCUGUCGUGUCCCCUCUCUUUCCUUCUCUCUCCCUCUCGCUCGUCUCUACUUAGUUCCUCAUUUGUCAUCCGCGGCGUCGGCGGUCGUCGGUCCUCCAUCCCGUCUUGGGAAAUCUGCCCCUUCCGGCGGCUGGAAAACCGUCUCCAUCCGGUGGGCGACUAACCGCCGCUGCACGAAUUCCGAGGAACUGUUUGUUGCUCCUCUCUGGCGUGCUUUUCUUCUUGCUACCGCAGCAGCAGCAGCCAGUCCAUAGUGGUGGCGAUCACCGAGUUUGACUUGGAAUUUCCGUUUUGAUUUUUCUCUGCAUCGGGAGGGGACUAGUAGAUCUGUGGAGGGAGCUGGUUUUCGUUUUCUCUCUCUCCCUAAUUUGGUUGGUUGGGUGGAGGAAAAGGGAGCAGACAAGAGAAGAGAGGAAUUGGCUGCGGCGGCGCCGGCGGGUGGGUUUUGAUGUGAGGAGUGUGGUAAAUGGUAUAUGAUGAACGGAGCCCUGGUGAGCGAUCGGAGAGGGAGGUGGCGUUUUGGUAGGAAUUUCUUCACAUGGAAUGGCAGAUCUUGUUAGCUACGGUAAUGCCGACCGUGACACCGAGCAGGCUUUAAUUGCUUUGAAGAAGGGGGCUCAUCUUUUGAAAUAUGGUCGCAAGGGAAAACCCAAGCUUUACCCAUUCAGACUUUCUUAUGAUGAAACAACUUUGAUUUGGAUUUCAAGUAGUGGUGAAAGAAGUUUGAAGUUGUCUUCUGUCUCUAGAAUUAUUCCUGGACAAAGAACUGCUGUCUUUCAGCGAUAUCUGCGCCCUGAAAAGGACUACUUAUCCUUUUCUCUUAUAUACAAUAACGGAAAGAGGUCUCUUGAUCUGAUUUGCAAGGACAAGGUUGAGGCAGAGGUGUGGAUUGCAGGAUUAAAGGCAUUGAUUGCUUCUCGUCAAACUGGGCGCUCGAAAAUCGAUGGAUGGACCGAUGGGGGCCUCUACAUUGAUGACAGCAAGGAUUUGACAUCAAAUAGUGCUAGUGACAGUUCUGUUAGCAUCACACGAGAUAUUAGCUCCCCAGAGGUUGUAGCUGUCAGUUCUAAUCCCACUUCUACUUCUCCCAAGAGGUUUCGGCCUGAGAAUUCUCCACAAUCUGAUCGAUCACAUGUAGGAUUAGACAACAACAACACAAACAUGCAAGUUAAAGGUUCUGGUUCAGAUGCUUUUCGAGUCAGUGUUUCCAGUGCACCUAGCACUUCUAGUCAUGGAUCUGCACCAGAUGACUGUGAUGCCCUAGGUGAUGUAUACUUGUGGGGGGAGCUCAUUAGUGAUAGUACCGUGAAAAUUAGUGCUGAUAAAAAUGCCACAUAUUUGAGUUCUAGAGCAGAUGUUCUUCUUCCCAGGCCACUAGAGUCUAAUGUCGUUUUAGAUGUAAAUCACAUAGCCUGUGGUGUAAAGCAUGCUGCUUUAGUUACAAGGCAAGGUGAAAUCUUUACAUGGGGUGAAGAAUCGGGCGGUCGUCUUGGCCAUGGUGUAGGGAAGGAUGCUAUUCAACCUCGUCUUGUUGAAUCACUUGCGGUUACUAGUGUUGAUUUCGUGGCAUGUGGGGAGUUUCAUACAUGUGCAGUAACAAUGGCUGGUGAACUCUAUACAUGGGGAGAUGGCACUCACAAUGCUGGACUUCUUGGUCACGGUACUGAUGUCAGUCACUGGAUACCUAAGAGAAUCUCAGGUCCUCUCGAGGGACUGCAGAUUGCUUCAGUAACUUGCGGGCCAUGGCACACGGCGUUGAUAACAUCAAUGGGCCAGCUUUUCACCUUUGGAGAUGGAACUUUUGGGGUCUUGGGUCAUGGUGACAGAGAAAACAUUGCCUAUCCUAGAGAAGUAGACUCUUUAUCCGGUUUAAGAACCAUAGCCGUAGCAUGUGGUGUGUGGCAUACUGCUGCUGUGGUGGAGGUUAUAGUCGCACAGUCUAGUUCAAGUGUUUCCUCUGGGAAACUGUUUACCUGGGGCGAUGGAGAUAAAAACCGUCUUGGACAUGGAGAUAAGGAACCUCGGCUUAAACCCACCUGCGUUCCAGCCUUAAUUGAGUACAACUUUCAUAAAAUUGCUUGUGGGCAUAGUCUAACCGUUGGUCUGACAACAUCUGGAAAUGUGUUCACUAUGGGAAGUACUGUUUAUGGUCAACUGGGAAGUCCCCAGGCAGAUGGGAAGUUGCCCUGUUUGGUCGAAGAUAAGCUUUCUGGUGAAUUUGUUGAAGAGAUUGCGUGUGGUUCGUAUCAUGUUGCAGUUUUGACUUCUAAGAGUGAAGUUUAUACAUGGGGUAAGGGAGCAAAUGGGAGGCUAGGGCAUGGAGAUGUUGAAGAUCGUAAAACGCCGACUCUGGUUGAAGGCUUGAAGGAUAGAAAUGUAAAAUACAUUGCUUGUGGUGCAAACUACACAGCUGCCAUAUGUCUUCAUAAAUGGGUAUCUGGUGCUGAGCAAUCUCAGUGUUCUUCAUGCAGACAGGCUUUUGGUUUUACUCGAAAGAGACACAACUGCUAUAACUGUGGACUAGUACAUUGCCACUCUUGCAGUUCAAGAAAAGCAAUUAGAGCUGCCUUGGCUCCCAAUCCUGGGAAACCCUAUCGUGUCUGCGAUUCCUGUUAUGCUAAACUAAGCAAGGUCUCAGAAUCUAAUAACAUCAGAAGAAACUCGGUACCUCGGCUUUCGGGUGAGAACAAGGACAGGCUUGACAAGUCCGAGAUUAGGUCAUCCAAGGCUGCUUUGUCUUCUAAUGUAGAUUUGAUUAAGCAAUUAGAUAGUAAAGCUGCAAAGCAAGGAAAGAAAGCAGAAACAUUCUCCUUGGUCCGAUCCUCUCAAACACCAUCUUUAUUGCAGCUGAGAGAUGUUGUUUUGUCUACUACGAUUGAUUUAAGAUCAAAGGUUCCCAAACCAGUUCUUACGUCGUCUGGCAUGAGUUCGAGGUCUGUGUCCCCUUUCUCAAGGAGACCUAGUCCCCCUAGGUCGGCGACACCUGUUCCAACGACAUCUGGGCUUUCCUUCUCGAAAAGUAUUGCUGAUAGUUUGAAGAAAACAAAUGAGCUUCUUAAUCAGGAAGUGAUGAAGUUGCGUUCACAGGUAGUUGACGGUCUGAGACAGAAGUGUGAGUUCCAAGAAUUGGAGCUCCAAAGGUCGGCCAAAAAAAUGCAAGAAGCUAUGGCAAUGACUGCAGAAGAAUCAGCCAAAUCGAGAGCUGCAAAAGAUGUUAUCAAGUCGCUCACUGCACAGCUCAAGGAAUUAGCCGAAAGGUUGCCACCUGGCGUCUACGACCCUGAGAGCUUAAAGCCUGCUUACCUACCAAACGGUUUGGAUUCAAACGGUAUUCAUCAUGCAGAUACCAAUGGAGACCGGCAUUCAAGAUCCGAAUCAAUCAGUGGGAUGUCACUGUCAUCUCCAACUGGACUUGAUUUUAGUUCAGCAAAUGGAAAUCAUCACGGUUCUAUUCAAUCGUUUGGGGACCUAUCCGGACACAAUGGCAGCAGAGAAGACCAUUCAGAUGCCAGGCUGUCGAAUGGCUCAGGAGCUCGUUCAAGUAGGAGUAUAUUAGAGUCCAUUGAUGGAAAGGAGUCGUCUGGACCCAUUCAAGAUGGCGAGACUGGUUCGAGAACUCGAGAUCCAGUAGCAUUGCCUGUUAACGGUAAUCAUGUUGAGGCUGAAUGGAUUGAACAGUAUGAGCCCGGUGUGUACAUAACUCUCGUGGCCCUCCGUGAUGGAACUAGAGAUCUCAAACGUGUUCGCUUCAGGUACAUUUUAUCUGAUCCAAAAGCCAGCAUGUAGCAUAAUUCUUCAUUUAUUGCUUGAAAGUUGGAGAAUUGUUUUUUUGCAUCUAGUUGCCAUGGACUAGUUCACUCGGGGGAGUAGUUUUGGUUUGAAGGAUCUAUCCUACGGUGACGUUUAACAUGGUAUAGUUAGUGUUCAGAAGUAGUCCGGUUCCUGAAUCAGGGUAGGCCUAGAUCAAAAUAUUGAAAAAUGAGGACAAUGACCAAAGCAAAAGUGGAAUUGCAUUUUUUCCUCCUAUGUUUCGGCUCAGCUUUCUUUAGGUGCCUAGGAAUGAAGCUUAAGAGAAAUAAUAUUCGCAUCGCACAUUGUAACAGCCGGAGGAGAUUUGGGGAGCAUCAAGCAGAGACGUGGUGGUCGGAAAACCGAGAGAAAGUAUAUGAGAAAUACAAUGUGCGUGGAUCGGACAAAUCGUCGGUUUCUGCUCAGGCUGCUCGGAGAUCAGAGGGUUCGGUGUCAUCUGCUUCUUAACCUUUUGCAGUACAAACAGAAGGAAGUGAAGAACAAAUUUUGCAAAUCUUCACCAGGUGAAGGGAUUGUCAUCAAAGGCUUAGUGAGAUGGAAGUAGAAAAUCAACAAGGCCUCUUUUGUGAUUAAGUUCUCUCUGCUGCCCCCUCUUCUCCUUCAGCUAUGGUAAAAAAUUGUCAUUCUUUUUGUCUUUAAUUUAGAAACUGGCUAUAUCUGUUGUAUUGUAGUGUAUAUAGAAAAUGCAUCAAUUCUAAGGUGGUAUUAUGUGGCCCGAUUAGAGAAAAUUCUUUUGUUCCUGUCUGUAUCUAAUCUAAUUGAGUAGGGUAAUGUGGAGGCGAGUGAUUGAGACAUCAAAGCCAGGUUCAAUCUGCAUUUUCUUGGUGAAUUGUAUCAUACUCUCAACACGAACAUUCUCGUCACACGAGCCAGAUGGCAAUCUGAAGUAGUUGAUUCGACCGAGUUGCUUUGCUGCAGUAAUUUGCAGCUUGCUCUCUGCCUUUCCCUGUACACACAGCGUUUAUAUUAUGCAAGGUAACAAACA